UAUAUAGAGAUAAUGUGGUAUACUUUAGUAUACAUCAUUCUAAUUCAAUUGAAUAAUAUAGAUUGCAAUAACAACACCACAUACAACGACAAUUAUUAUUUACUACUACUACUACUACUCUUGUUUGUAUUUUAUCGACUCUUCUGGAACAUUCAUUUCCCGAACCUGACUUUUGAGGGAUUAAUAAAGUUCUAUCUAUCUAUAUAUCUAUUUUAUAUAUUGAAGGUUAAAUCUUUUAUGAAUGUUGUAAUUGCCUUAAAAUACUAACAGCUCACAAGUUUUGAGUCUGUGACCCUCGUUGACACUGGAGUGUGGAGGUGUGUGGAGGCCCUGGUGGAGGCAGACGCCAGUCUGAUGAGGUGUAGGGGGCGAUGACUGGGAGGCGCCUGGCCUCUCAUUUACCCCAAGGUUCCUCUACACACCCCUUUGUUUACACCUCCAGGUCGGUCAAGUCCAGACAGAGCGUUCAUUCAGAGGCAGCAGGAGCAGCAGGUUCUCUUGACUUGACGAGAUCUACCGACUGAGAACAAUGAGUGUGCUCUUUGUUGUCGUGCACCUCCUGCUGCUCUUGCUCGGAGACCCCUGCACUUCUGACCCAGUGGUUCCGGACCAGCUCGGUCCGCCGUCGCUCGGCUUCAGUUCCUCGGUCCGUUCGGUAUGCAAACCGAUCCCGAGCACCCUGUCCCUGUGCCACGGUAUCGGCUACAGGAACAUGCGGAUCCCCAAUUUGCUGGGCCACGACACUCUGCGGGAGGCCCAGCAGCAGUCGGCCGCCUGGCUGCCCCUGAUCUCUAAGCUCUGCCACCGGGACACCAAGAAGUUUCUGUGCUCUCUCUUCGCUCCCGUGUGUCUGCCCGAGCUCAACGGCCCGCUCAGUCCCUGCAAGAGCUUGUGCGAAGCGGUGCGGGACGGGUGCGGGCCUGUGAUGAGCGCUUUUGGGUUCCCGUGGCCAGAGAUGUUCAAUUGCAGUCGGUUCCCGGGUGGAACCGAGCUUUGCAUCCCGGGAAUCGGAGAGCAGGAUGGAUGGACAGCAGAGGACAUUAGGCAGGAGGAGGCGCUCAAAGGUAGUGUCAUCUGUGAUGCUUGCAGUUUGGCUGCUGAAGGAGAGGCCGACAUUCAGGAAAACUUUUGCCGCAGUUCAUAUGCGUUUAAGAUGCGUCUAGGCAGCGUGUCGACAGUGGGAGGGGACCGUCAGCUCGUGCCUAUGGCCCGCAGCCGCAUCCUGAGAUGGGCAGGGGGGGGCGCCGAGAGGGCCGAAGGGAUCGGAGGUGCAAUGGCGCACAAUGCUUUGUGGCUGCAGGAAGGAGGCCUCUGUACUUGUCCUGGUUUGGACUCAACGGACAGUAACAAAAACGGAGACCCGGAAGAGAAACAGACGGAUGAAGAAACAGCCAAAGGAGGAAAGGAUGGAGAUGGGGUAUAUAGUGGAUGGUACCUGGCCCUGGCUCAGGCGGAAGAGGGAAGGCUGGUGGUGACUCGAUUGGUGCGAUGGACCAGAGAGGACAAAGAAUUAAAGAAAUUCAUCCGAGCGCUCCUUAAAAAGCCUUGUCCAGUGGUGUAGUUUUGCUUGGCUUCUUUGAACGGGAACUCUUGAAAAACUCCAGAGAAUGAGCAAAAGAAGACAACAGAAGCAAUGACUUUAAAAAA